CCCACCUCUCGGGAGCGCCUGCCUCAGAAGGCUGCAUUUAUCGGAUGACAGAAACAACUAGAAAUCUUUGAGGUAAAUGUUCUCUCUCUUUAGAAGAUUAAACUUCAGUCAAAUCAAAGAAGGAACCCAGCCUUGCCUUCUCAGGGUGGCAAUUUCGGCACAUCUAUCAUGGCUCCAUUACAUGAUCAUGGAAGCAAUACCUCAAGCAACAAAUCCAUCAGAAAAGUUGUUUUCAGCUUCAAGACAUACCAAGCAAUUGUUCUAUUAUUGACAUUCUUUGCAUAUGCUUCUUACCAUGCAACCAGGAAGACAACAAGUAUUGUCAAAGGUGUCCUGGAUCCUCGCACAACACAAUUGGGCUUUGUUCAUUGGACAAGAUCUUAUUUUCUUAAAACAGAUCACCAUGAACUACAAAAUUCAAAACUCCAACAUGGUUGGGCACCAUUUGAUGGUGUAGAUGGUACUGCCAUGCUUGGUGAGAUUGAUGUUGCCUUUCUCGCAAUGUACUCCCUGGGCAUGUACUUCGCUGGACAUUUAGGCGACCGUGUGGACCUGAGGAUACUUCUAACCAUGGGAAUGGUGGGUACUGGUCUAUUCACCACUCUCUUCGGUGCCGGCUACUGGUUAAACAUCCAUAGCUUCUACUACUUUCUAGUGGUUCAGUUGUUUGCGGGUGUGUUCCAGUCCACAGGAUGGCCGUCGGUUGUGGCUGUGGUUGGGAACUGGUUUGGUAAGAGUAAGAGAGGACUAAUAAUGGGUAUUUGGAAUGCUCACACAUCAGUAGGGAAUAUUGCUGGCUCAAUUAUUGGUUCUGCUUGUUUGAGUUAUGGAUGGGGAUGGUCUUUUGCUGUUCCUGGUUUUCUCAUCACCUUUGUUGGGUUGAUGGUCUUUCUCUUCCUGCCAGUUAGUCCUGAAGCUAUUGGAUUUGAGAAAGAAGAAUAUUUACUUAAAUUUCCUGAGAAGGAUAAAGUAAUGGAGCCACUCUUAGAAGGUAAAACGGAUACAGAGGAUAAAGCCAUCGGUUUUUUUGAAGCAUGGAGAAUCCCUGGUGUUGCUCCAUUUGCUCUGUGUCUCUUUUUCUCAAAACUGGUGGCCUAUACUUUCCUAUACUGGCUGCCUUUCUACAUCAGCGACAUAGCUAUUGAUGGCGAGUUCCUAUCAGACUCCAUGGCGGGAACGCUAUCAACACUCUUCGACGUGGGUGGAGUGAUUGGAGGCAUUCUUGCCGGUCAUAUUUCAGAUCGGUUUGAUGCCCGCGCAUUGACGGCGGCGUGCUUCAUGUACUGUGCAAUCCCAGCCAUCUACCUCUACCGCAUCUAUGGAAGUGUCUCUCUUUACUGGAACAUUGCUCUCAUGCUUGUUAAUGGAAUGCUCGUUAAUGGUCCAUAUGCAUUAAUAACAACAGCAGUUUCGGCUGACCUCGGCACCCAUAGUUCCUUGGAUGGCAAUUCUCGUGCGCUGGCGACGGUGACGGCGAUCAUAGAUGGUACAGGUUCUGUAGGAGCUGCUAUCGGUCCCUUGCUGACCGGAUACAUCUCAGCCAAGAGCUGGGGUGCAGUAUUUAUCAUGUUGAUGGGGGCUGCACUUGUGGCUGGGCUGCUAUUGACCAGGCUUGUGGUGGCAGAGCUAUCCACCAAGUUAGAAUCUGUAAGAUUGAAAGAAGCAGGUUCCUUAUCCGAUCCUAAUCUUGUUGCACAUGAGGUGUAAGUAAACAAAAUAAAUUAGGAAAAUUGUUUGUAGGCAAGAUUUGGUAGGUUGAAUUGGAAGAAGGAAUGUGGUCAUGCUCUUAUGCUGAAGCAAGUGGCCUUUUGUUGAGAUGGAUUUGACAAGUCUGCAAUUGGGAGUCCAUUUUCUUCCAUAGCAUUAUUUCUGUAGCUGGUGGAUGAUAAGUUUCAGCACGUCGUUUUCUGCUAAUUUGUCAAGGAUAAUAGCAUUCAGCAACUUGUUGGUCCCUCCUGAUAUAUCAGUUUUUACCUCCUAAAUAUCAACUUAUGUAGAUAUUUUUGUAUGAAGCUGUGGAAGGUGUGCUUUAGCAGAAUAUGAUGCUGUGCUCUGGUACUAUGGAAGAACAGCCAUGAAUCUGUUCAUGAUGUUAUGGACUAUUUUUUAAUAAAGAAAAUUAAAUGAC